CUCUCGCCCAGACAGCAACCAUGGGACGGGUCAGGACCAAGACAGUGAAAAAAGCAGCGCGGGUAAUCAUUGAAAAAUACUACACUCGACUAGGCAAUGACUUCCACACUAACAAAAGAGUGUGUGAGGAGAUUGCCAUCAUUCCGAGCAAGAAGCUGCGUAACAAGAUUGCAGGCUAUGUAACCCACCUUAUGAAGCGCAUCCAGAGAGGGCCCGUCAGAGGAAUCUCAAUUAAACUCCAGGAAGAAGAGAGAGAAAGGAGGGACAACUAUGUUCCAGAGGUUUCUGCAUUGGACCAAGAGAUCAUUGAAGUGGAUCCUGACACAAAAGAAAUGUUGAAACUGCUGGAUUUUGGAAGUCUGUCCAACCUUCAGGUCACCCAGCCCCCUGUUGGAAUGAACUUCAAAACACCCCGGGGAGUCUAGACACGUUUAAUAUAUUUUAAAAAACAAGUAAAAUCAUUCUUCAGUUCGCUUUCUUCCAUUGUGUGUUUCCAGUUAGACAGUUGCUUUGGAACUGUACUUUUAGCGUAAGAAAUUUAACAGUUGAGUUAAAAUCAAGCAACAGAUUUAGAAUACCAAACUGUUCAACAAUGAGUGGUUUUCAAGCCAACUGUAGAUUAGUGUUACAGAAAUGUGUUCUCCGUGUAAAAUGCAUGAAGGUGAAUUAAGUUAAAUGUGUAUGUUACAUGACUACUUGUUCUGUUUAAAGAAAUUCUCAGUUGUAAUUGUAAGGAAACACCUGCCUGAUUCAUUUGCAAUAAGUGAUGUGCAAAUUUCCUCAUUAAAUUUUUGU